AUGUCCACGUUAGUCAUCGGCGCCCCCGCGCGUCUCGUCGUCCGCGCCGCGGUGCACCCGAAGCACAAGGCCACGAAGGGGCACACGAAGAACCGCCCGAAGAAGCACCGCCCGUCCGACAAGGUUCGCAAGGCGGUCGUGUACCCCGAGGUGAAGCCCGAGGACGUUCCUCCGCUCAUGACCGUUCUCUCCAAGAAGUAACGAUCCGGACGACGGUCGGGGGGGGGCGACGGCGGCGCGCGGCGGAGGCGGACUUCGGGCUCACCGUCGCAGAUUUUAUCCACUCUCGGCAUGCAGACGACGGCGGCGGCGGCGGAGAGCGGGACGAAGACGACGGCGAAGCGGUGACGCGCGAGCCGCGCGACGACGAUCGCGCAUUCAUUCUUACGGUAGCAUGUAGAUGUUUAAUAACGCACAGAAACAGUGCGUUCAUUC